AUGAAACCGGAGUAUCUUGUCAAGCCCUCCAGUGCACCGGAAACAGAGGAAGCCCUGGAAACAUACGCCCAGCACAAGGUGCCUAUCCCGUACCAGGUCUCUCCUCUGCAAGACCUGGCUACCGUCCUGGAACAUAUGGAUCGGGGAACUUCUGGCGUGACCGUGCUGGAGAUUCCGUGUCCGCAGCAGCAGGAGGUUGUCCAGCAGAAGAAACACACCCUGGGGACAUAUCUGGCGCAUCGACUGGAGGAGAUAGGAGUGAAGGAUUAUUUUGUGAUUCCCGGCGACUUCAAUCUUCAUCUGCUGGAUGAGAUACUCAAAAACCCCAAUCUCCGCAUGCUGGGCUGCUGCAACGAGCUGAACGCCGGAUACGCCGCCGACGGAUACGCACGCUCCAGCCCGGCCCGCGUGGCCGUGGUGUUUGUGACAUUCAUGGUCGGGGGCCUGUCUCUGAUCAACGCCAUCGCCGGCGCCUAUUCAGACCACCUGCGGGUGAUUGUCGUGUCGGGGGCGCCGCCGUCGAGCACGUUUGAAGCAGACAAUCUCAUCCUCCAUCACUCGACUGGCCUGCCCGAUAGAAACCAGCCGCUCAAGAUGUUUGAGCAGGUCACGGCGGCCUCGGUGCGAUUGGACGGAAAGCAAGACUAUACACAGGUGAUCGACCAGACCCUCAUCACCUGUCUGGAACAGUCCCGGCCGGUAUACAUUGAAUUCCCCAACGAUCUCGUCUCGAUGGAAUGUGGGGUUGCCGGCUCAUUGAAGGAGAUGACGAAACAGUCAGAGUCUUCUCCUGGUCAACUGGAAACGGCAUUCGACCUGUUUGCCCGUCACUGGGAGACGGCGAGCCGGCCGGUGAUCAUUGUUGGAUCGCUGGCACGCCACGCUCUUUCUAGAGAGGAUCUCAUCUCGUUCAUUGAGAAGUUGGGCUGCCCUGUCUUCUGCCAGCCGGACGGCAAGUCGCUUGUUCCCGAGUCUCAUGCCCAGUUCGGCGGGACCUUCUGGGGAGUGGCGUCCAAUCCGGAGAUCCAUGAUCUGGUGAUGGCUUCCGAUCUAUGGGUGGUGGUGGGAGGUCGAUGGAGUGAUUUCCACCGGGCGAUGCCUGGGCCUGACAAUCGGGUUUUCGAGAUCCUGCCCGAUGGCAUCAAAACACCUGAUGGGGACGUUGAAGCGAAGAUGGGGAAACUGAUUGAUCUCAUCACCUCCCAGUUGAGUGCACGUACGAGUGAUGCCGCGACUACCAUCACCCCUACACCUACUUCUACGACGGCUCUGACAACAACGAACAUGGUGCAUGGAAUCGAGAAACUUCUCACUCCCAGGGAUACUCUCAUCGCCGAAACAGGCGACAGCUGGUUUCAGGCUCAGAAUAUCCGGCUACCCGACGGAGCAGACUUCCAGAUGCAGAUGAUGUACGGGUCGAUUGGCUGGAGUCUGCCUGCUGCCCUGGGAUGCCAGUUGGCACGACCCGAGGGCCGGACCGUGCUGAUGAUCGGAGACGGCAGCUUUCAGAUGACUGCCCAGGAGCUGAGCACGAUGAUCCGCAUGAAGACGAACCCUGUGAUCUUUAUUCUUAACAAUCUCGGCUAUCGCGUUGAGACUGCCAUUCAUGAGGGCCCAUACAACUACAUCAGCAACUGGAAUUACACAGCUCUGGCCAGGUCACUGUGCAAUAUCUCGCAUGUGCCAGGAUAUGGAAAUCCCUAUCUCAAGGAGGAACAACGCAAAGAAUAUGACAAUCCCGCCAUGUUUGCGGUGCGGAUCAAAACAUAUGAUGAGCUGCAGAUGGCGCUGGACCGCGUUCGUCAGGAGCCAGAGAAAUUGGCUCUUCUGGAAUGCUGCAUCCAUCCCGAGGAUGUCAGUCCUGCUUUGCUUCGCUUUGGCAAAUCUGUUUCAAAGCCUAGUUACUGA